AAAGACAACAUCAUACCUGUGGCAAACUACAAAAUGUGUGGCCCUAACAACUCUGCUCCGAUGAACCUUACUGUCGCAGUUAACUCCCCUGCCUCGGCUGUGGGGCCACAAGGACCAGCAGGCUCUGCAGGAGCAGCUGGAGACCGGGGUCCACCUGGAGAACCAGGGCCUCCUGGGCCCCAAGGUCCACCUGGAGAGAGGGGUCCUCCUGGACCCCAAGGGAGGCCAGGGAAGCAAGGCAACAGGGGACCGAAAGGAGACCGUGGCAAGAAAGGUGAAAAGGGAGAAAAGGGUGACUCCUCUUCUCCUAGAUUACAGGCUGCAGUGUCAGCGAUCAGGACAAAACAUUUCGGUCCAGCGAAAGACGUCAUUCUGGCCUUUGACACAGAAGUUACUGACAUCGCUGACAACUACGACAACAACACAGGUGUGUUCAUCUGUACAAUACGUGGCACCUACAUCGUGUCUGUGUAUCUAAUGUCCCAGCCCGGCUGCAAAAUAAACGCCAGAGUCAUGGUCAAUGACCGACCAAUCGCAGCACUUUGGGCCGAUGACAACAACAAUGCUGGCUUUUACCCGUCCAGUAGCAUACAGACGAUAACAAAGCUGGAGUUUGGGGACCAGGUGUACGUCAAACUGGUGGAUUCUGGGUAUGGAGACAGCUGGGUUCACGCUAAUUAUAACAUUUUUACGAUCUUUCUGUUGUAUGAGGACCUGGUGAUUUAGGAAUCAUGUAUGUUAUCAAACAAACGGUUCAUGUUUC